AUGGGCUGCGGGAACAGUAAGGUGCUGCCUGGGGCAUCCAACAAGGGCUAUGUUAGUGUAGUGCAAUCACUUGUGGCCUUUAGUAAAGUAGAUGAUGAUAAUGAGCCAAAGAAGCGUAUGGAGAAGCAAAGACAUCCAUGGUUUUCCACCAGCAUUAACAAUUUUCAAACCGCAUCAAACGGCCAACAGCAGACGCUCAGUGAUGGACGACACCAGGACAAAGUUCCCACGUAUAAGGAUAAGUUUGAUCCACGUGUGACAGCAAGGUACGACAUCAAGGCUCUGAUCGGUCGAGGCAGCUUCAGCCGUGUUGUGCGUGUGGAGCACAGGGCCACUCGCCAGCCCUUCGCCAUAAAAAUGAUGGAGGUAGAAGCCCCAGAGGGCCGUGAGGUGUGCACCUCGGAGCUGGUGGUGCUGCAGCGGGUGAGCCACUCUAAUGUGAUUCAGCUGAUUGAGGUGUUUCAGUUUCCGCAGCGGGUUUAUAUGGUGCUGGAACUGGCCACAGGGGGGGAGCUUUUGGAUCGUGUGGUCAGCAGGGGCCAUUUCACAGAGAGGGAUGCUACCCAGGCCCUCCGUAUGGUGCUGGCCGGGGUGGAAUACCUGCACAACCUAGGUAUCACCCACAGAGACUUGAAGCCUGAGAAUCUUCUGUACUACCACCCCGGGGCCGACUCCAGACUGCUUGUUACCGACUUUGGACUGGCCACUUUUGGUGGCGCAGGGUCUGAGGUUUUAGGCCCUGACAGAAGCAGCGACGGGGGAGCAGACAGGACUUGGUCCCUCAGGACCACCUGUGGAACCCCAGAGUACAUGGCCCCUGAGGUGUUGCAGAGGAAACCCUAUUCCUGUGCAGUGGACAUGUGGGCCCUGGGGGUGAUCACCUACAUUGUGCUCAGUGGAUCCAUGCCUUUUGAAGACGACAGUCGCAUGGUGCUCUACAGAGCCAUUGUGAGAGGAAAAUACAGUUUCUACGGAGAUCCUUGGCCCUCAGUGUCAAACCUGGCCAAGGACUUCAUCCAACGACUGCUGCCCUUGGACCCAGCCACUCGCCUGACGGCCAGCCAAGCUAUCCGUCAUCCCUGGGUGGUCACCAUGGCAGCCAGCUCCUCCAUGAGGAACCUCCAUCGAUCUAUUUCCCAGAACCUCAGGCAACGGACAUCACAAAGCUCCUCCCGGUGCCCGAGCAGCACCGCAAGCUCUGGAGAUAGCAGUAGCGUGGGCCCAGGAAGGCUAACGUCACUGGAGAAAAAACAACAGCAGCAGCAAGUCAGAGCAUCUGGACUGACUCAACCUCAGAGAGCCAUACAUCAUCCGGCCUGA